GCAAAGGACACCGGCGAGGUGUUUGGUGCGUGGCCUUCUCUCCCAUUGACCAGGUGGUGGCUUCCGCCUCAGGCGAUGCCACGAUCCGCCUCUGGAAUUUAAAGGAUUUCAGGGCCAUCCGCUCCUUCCAGGGCCACAGCAGCGCCGUAUUGCGAGUCGCCUUCCUGGCGAAUGGCAUGCAGCUGAUGAGCAGCAGCGUCGAUGGCUUGCUCAAGCUGUGGCACAUCAGGACGGCCGAGUGUGCAGGCACGUUUGAAGAGCACAGCAGCAAAGUCUGGUGCGUCGACAUCGUGGGCGAUCGAAUGGUCUCUGGUGGGGCGGAUUCGAAGAUCUGUCCCUUGUCUGGCAUGAUGGGAACACAGAGGGGAGUGGGAACAUGGAAUAAGCUAUACCAAAGUUGUUGA